AUGGGUGCGCGAUCUGUUCAAAUUUUUGUUGCUUUGUUACUUUCAGUGUUCGUGUUCAUAAAUGCUUCUGGGAUAGUAUGGCCAUCUUAUGCGCUCAAAAUACUAGAAUCAGAAAAUUCACCCUUGGGAUACCAAAUUACAAAAAGUGAUGGCAAUCUCUUAGGGUCCAUAGGAAUGGUGGGUUGUUUAACCACGAUUUUAUUUUCUGGAUAUGUCAAUGAGAAGUUUGGACGUAAACGAAGUGCAGUACUAAUAGGUCUUUGUUUCGUGCUCUCUUGGUCCAUCAUAACAACCGCAAAGAGUGUUACUCAGCUUGUGAUUGGUCGAUUCAUAUUUGGCAUGGCCGGUGGGAUGCAAAUAGUAUUAGGCUACGAUGUCGUAAAUUAUAUAAACCUAUCAAUUCCUGUUAGCCUGAUAGUGGCUUUGUCAUUUCUUAAAGAAACACCUCCGUAUUUGCUGAAAAUGGGAAAGCAAGAGGAGGCAUUACUAUCGCUUAAAUUUUAUCGCGGUGCGACAACUGUAAGUCAAGAUAUAUUAGAAGAAUUUGCUUAUAUGCGUCAACAGCAAAUGUUUAAUAAAAGUAAUGCCGGACUUCCACGUGCUAAAUUAAUUGAGAAACAAAAUGAAAAAGAAGAUUUGAAUUUAGAAGAUUUAAGAGACUCACACGAAAAUGUAGAUCAAAACCCUUGGAAGAUAUUGCGUGAAUCAAAAUCAUCGCAAAGAGCCAUCGUGUUAAUAGCUAUACAAAUGAUCUUAUCCGUUUGCGUGGGUAUGAUUGGUAUACAGACAUACGCGGGACAAAUGUUCCGGCGAGCCGCUCCUCACAUCUCCCCAGAUUUAUGUUCCGUUCUACUGGCAAUCGUGUUGGCCAUUGCUGGUUCUAUGGCUAUCGUAAUAACUGAUAUGAUUCCAAGAAGGAUUCUAAUGAUCUCUUCAAGCCUUAUGGCAGCCGUAUCAAUGGCUUUGUUGGGGAGUUUGUUGCGUUGGUCCUGGGCGCCUGAAUGGGCUAUACCAUUAACCAUAGUAAUAUACUGCAUAUUUUUUCAAAUAGGCGUUAUAAACGUACCAUUCGUACAAGUUGGCGAAUGUGUUUCUCCGCAGUUAAAAACAUUCGGUACUACUGUUGGAAUGUUUAGUAUGUUUUUAGCCAACUUUUUAGUAUUGUUCCUGUUCGAACCAGCUGUUAGCAUCAUUGGAUUAAAUGGCGUUUUCUUUGUCUUUGCUAUAAUGGGUGUAGUUUCGGCGACUGUAGCGUUCUUCUUUAUGAGAGAAACAAGGAAAGUGCCAUUUGAAAUUAUUCAAGAAACGUUUGAAGUUGGAUUUGUUUAUCGUAAACACUAA